AUGUCGGACGAUCCGCUCGAUCUUCUUGGGGGCAUGGACGACUUGGACGCGGCGCUUUUCGGAAAAAAGUCCGAGCCCCGGCCAAAGCCCAGUCUCGGCAACCUGGACUCGAUCUUUGGCGAUUCGAGGCCCUCCCGCUCAAAUCUCGACUCGUUAUUUGGAGAACCGCUGCCAAAACCGUCGGUGGCCGAAUCGAGAGCCCCAGCGGCUACCCAACCUGCAGCAACCACAAGACCACGAGCUCGUGGUUCCGACUUAUUCGGUACAUCAAGCUCCCAGCCAGACCCUGGUCCUUCUGCACCACCUCCACAGCCUUCAGUACAGCCGCAACCGGAUGCCGAAUCGGUUUAUCGGGUUCAAAGAUUGGAGAAAGAAGUCGAGCGGCUCAACCGCGAGAUCGAGGACCUCGGCCGACGAAAGAAGCGUGAUGAGGAGGACCUCGAAAAAGAGUGGCGAGAUCGACUAUCUAGCAAAGAGAAAAGCUGGUUGGAAGAAAAGGAAGAGCUGAUAAAGGGAUAUCAGAAACAGCUGACCAGGCUAACCGAACAAAGUGAAACCGAUCAGGAGCGCUUGAGGGAAAAUUACUCAAGGCAAAUGGAAGCCCUACAAACCACGGGAAGCCGAUCAAGAGAUCUUGUCGAUGUGGUCGAUAAAGUGGAUCGAUUGAGCGAACAAAUAGGCGCAAUCGUCCAAUCGGUCGGAGGAUCCGAGGAGAAGAUGCACAGCGACCUUGAAAUGACCCUAAAGCUCCGUGAAGGGCAGUUGGAGAUGCGUGAGCACAAUCUGAAAACCGAUUUGGAACGAUUCCAAACGGACAAGGAGAGCGUCACUCUGUUGAAUAUCAAACUGAAAGACCUUGUCCAGGCGCAGGAGCACGAUAUUCAAAGGGAAAAAUGGAAGAUCCGCGAUGAAUGGAAUCGCCUGGGCGCCGAACGCAAAGUAUUCAAGGAAGAUCAGAAAUUUGUCCUCGACAGUAUCGAAAAACAAAAGCGGACUCUGGAGGCUGCGAAAGAAUCGUUCUUAAAAGAGCAACACGAUUUGCUGAUUCGUGUCAGCAACGAAAAAGAGGGAUUGGAUCGCGAGCUUCAGCAAUUCCACGUGAAACGGACGGCCGAUGUUCGAAGAUUAAAGGAGGAAGCCACCCAACUGCAGCAACGAAUCCAAAACGUGCAGCUGGCGGAAGAACACGCGGAAUCUCUGCGGCAACAUUACGAAACGAAAUACAAGCAGCUUUGCGAACUCGAAGUCUCGCUGAUGGAGGAGUGCAUUGAGCUAGAGAAUUUGCGAAAUCGAACGACGGCAUCCGAUGCCGCGGGACCUGCUCCGACACACCAGGGCCUUGUCAUGGCGAUAAAUCGGGUUGAGAAGCGAUCACCGUUCCCCAGCUCAUUUCCCAUGCCGGAUGUGCCGAUUAGUGAGGACAUAAAAGACAGGUCAGCCAGCGUGCGCGCCGUCCUCCAAAAACACGCCGACUUCCUGGAGAAAUACAGCGGACAAAGGGUGGCCGCAGUUGCCCCGCGGAACGCCUCGUCCGAGGAGUGGGCUGAAACUGGU